CCUAGAUCACGAACGCGAAUGGAAUUCGGUAAUCUAAGAGGUCUUGGUUUGUUUACGUGCAUUCCGUGGUUGCGCACCUGCGACACUCGGCAACGUCAAAUAACUUGUGCCACUGUGUUACCUUUGAAAUUGUUUCCUGAAAACUUCGCUAUUUCGGCUGUUCGCGCCUCAACUGUCGACCGUGAAUUAAAUGGCAAUCAAGUACACUGUUGGAGAUGAACAGUGCGCAAUUUAAGGCAUCCACCAUCGCGGAAUUUCAUGGGCGAAAUCUGGUGAACUAAAAAUGAAAGGAGGUUAGGAAUGCGGGCAAUCGCCCUGACAAUUAUUGGAGGGCAACAUGAAAUGAUCCUGCAGGAGACAUGACCGAAUUCUUGCCACUAUGUGACUUACUGUUCAAUGUAGUCUCACUGGCUGCCUAUUUCUGUGAUUUGGUCUUCGAUGUCCUGGUUGUCUAUGCCCUUUACGAGCGGGGACUGAAGAUACAGUUCGCGCAAUGUCUUACAGCCAUUGUAUUAACAACACUAGUCACACAGUUGCUCUCGGCUCGAUGGUAUCUGCAGAAGAAACCCAGUGGUUGGCCUCGUGUGAUUGUAGUAGCCCUCCAUGUUCUGCAGUUGGGUGUGUUGUGGAGAUACGCCCGUCUUCUAGUACCUGUCCAGUUAUCUAGUGUUAAGCGUGAAGUCAGAGAUUUGUGUAUAUUAAGAUUGGUCCAUGGGUUCUUGCAAGCAGCACCAAUGUUAUUACUUCAGCUGAGCUUGUUACCAGGAAGCACUCCGGGACCACCAACUGAUCUUGUGACAGUUUCAGCAGCCCUUUCACUGUUUUCUGUAUGUUGGGCUCUGGCUUCUUUUAGUAAACAUGUACAAAGUGUGGAUAGACUGGUACUGACAUGGUUGGGGGUAGUUUCACAGUUACUUUGGAGGGCUGGAACUGUUACUGCCAGAGCUCUUGCCCUGUCAGCCUAUGCUGCCAGUUAUCAUUCUUGGAUUUUCCUAGUGCUGGCACUGCAUUGGGCCUGUAUGUUCUUGUGGUUGCUUUCACCAAAAAGUCCAUUUCAUGGACAAAGGGGGAAGAAAUUGGGCGUAUGUGCGCUAAUGGCGGCUAUUUAUAUUCUUGCCUACAUCAAUCUGCAAGAGAAACCGCACGGGCGGACAAUGGCAAUAUUCUAUGUGAUUAUGCUGCUGGAGAACUGUUUGUUGGUUGGUGCGUGGCUGGCGGCCGUGUGGCCAGUGAGACCUCUCCAUUGGGAACUUGUGCCUAUUUUAACUGUAACUUUAUUUAUAGCCGGAAUCGUCUUCAUGUUGCUGUAUUAUAAAUAUUUUCACGUGAAACGAUUGCUGGAAAAACCAUCUGUACCUCCUGGUGUAUUUAACUGUAGAUUUAGUAGUCCUUCAGCGGCCGCCUUGUACCGUAAGAAAAAGAAACCGACUAGUUUCGUUCCGCCACCGGGGCUGGGUCCUGUGGCCGUGCCAUUCUGGAGACGGCCCUUGCCGUCUUCCAGUGAGAACGAGGGCAGCAGUGUGGGUUCGCGGGUCAACAUCCAUCAAAAAUUGCAAGAGAAAAAACAAAAGCAACUGGCAGAACUGAAGAUAAUUGAGGAAGAAAUCAAGCAGGGGAAGCUUGUGGGUCCCGAAGGUGCCGAUUUCGACGAUAGACAACCCAUACCUCGCACUAAACGACACGUAGAACCUCAGCUUCUCAGUCUUGCUUCAUUAAACAACCUAGCAAGUUACGGAGUGAAUCUCAACAGAAGACCACCGCCAAGGGCGCCCAGAAGUCGUACGCCCGAGCUCCUCCUGACGCCCCGGUAUUUGUAUUGCGACUACAUAGUUCCUGAACCAGAGCCGGUGGAGUUGCCCGGCUCGCACGCAAACUCCGAUCUGGAAAGUCAGGUCUCCCUACCCAGAUCUUACACGUUGCCCAGGGAGUUCAAAUAUUAUAGGAGGCCUAGGACUGGUAGGCAUAUUCAAACGGUCGCGUCUACAAACAGUAGUGACGGCGAUGUGGACUCGGCGGACGACGAGUCGGACUGUAAUCCUCCACCGGUCAUUUUGAGGCAGGUGAGGCGACCCUUCAGACACGAAACGAAGUUGUGAUGUGUAUGAUAAUCCAUCAAUUUUUUUGUAUGUAAUUUAUUUAUGUAACCAAACUUUUCUAGGAAUUUUACACCAAUUUUUUAUAAGAAUAUAUAUUUUUUAUACUUCUCGAAGUGCCUUUUUGUAUUAUUUAUUGUAAAUGAAAAUAUAUCGUGUAAAUUAUGUA